AUGGCCGAGUACGACCUCACAAAGACGGUGAUCCCGUACCUGGACCGCCACCUAUCCUUCCCGCUACUCGCGCACUUGACCGAGCUCGAGAUCUUCCCGGCCGAAGAUGUACUGGCCGCGCAGUAUGAGCUUGCCAAGGGCACAAACAUGGUCGACUACGCUGCCAGUCUGUUCGAGCAGCUGCACCCUGGCGAUGAGCCUCCAGCAGAAUUCGCCGCAAAACGCGACUCUGCCGUCGCAACAAACGAGCGGCUGCAGCAGGAAGCUCAAGCCGUACUGGACGUGAUCGAGAAGCCCGAAGUCGCCCAAGCUCUCCGCCAAGACAAAAAUCAAAACCUGGCGUUCCUGCGCGACAACUACCAAGUGACGCCGCAGCAGAUCGAGGCGCUGUACAACUUCGGCCAGUUCCAGUACUCGUACGGAAACUACUCGGGCGCCGCGGACUACCUGUACCAUUUCCGCGUGCUGAGCACGGACGCGGAGAAGAACCUGAGUGCGAGCUGGGGGAAGCUCGCGAGCGAUAUCUUGACGGGAAAGUGGGACACCGCGCUGGAGGAGCUCGCGAACCUCCGCGACACACUCGACGCGCGCGCAGCGGCACCUGCGCUGGCCAGCGACUCGCGCGCCGGACUCUACGCACGUGCAUGGCUGCUGCACUGGUCUCUGUUCGUGUACUUCAACCACCCCACCGGCCGCCAGACGCUCCUCGAGACCUUCCUCGCACCCGCCUACCUCAACACAAUCCAAUCCGCCUGCCCCUGGGUCCUCCGCUACCUCGCCGUCGCCGCCGUUCUCGCACGGGGCGCGCCCAGGUCACGAUACGCGCUCAAAGACGUCGUGCGCGUCGUCUCCGCCGAGUCGUACCAGUACUCGGACCCCGUCACGCGCUUCCUCACCGCGCUCUACACCGACUUCGACUUCUCGUCCGCGCAGGCCGAGAUGGCGGCGGCGGAAGCGCUCGUGGCGGACGACUUCUUCCUGUCCGAGUUCCGCGCGGAGUUCGUGGAGAACGCGCGGUACCUGGUCAGCGAGGCGUACUGCAGGAUCCACACGCGGAUCGACUUGGGCGUGUUGAGCGGCGUGCUGAAUAUGGAGCCGGCGGAGGGCGAGAAGUGGAUCGUGAACUUGAUCAGGGAUACGAAGAUGGGCGCGGACGCGAAGAUCGAUCUCGAGAAGAACGUCAUCGCCAUCAACCGUCCAGCACAACCCGUAUACCAGACCGUCAUCGAGAAGACGCGUGGGCUCGCUCUUCGCACACAAGCACUCGGUGCUGGCACCGUGCGUGCACCGGUCGAGGCCGCGCGCGGCUGA